AUGACAUCUUCCCCAUACUUUGCUCCAGUCAACAACUCGAUUUCAACCUUCAAAGACAAUAUCUUUGAGGGAAAAGUGCUUUUCUGUACAGGCGGAGGCUCUGGGAUAUGCAAAGGCAUGACUGAGUCCAUCAUGCGACAUGGCGCUAAUGCUGUUAUCAUUGGCAGGAAGUUCGAUCGUUUGACGGAGGCAUCCAGAGAACUUUCAGAGAUAACUGGAAGGAUCUGCAUUCCCAUUCAGGCGGACGUAAGGCAGCCACAAACCCUUCAAGCAGCGGCUGAAAGGACUAUGGAAUACUUUGGGAGGAUUGAUUUCGUCAUCUGUGGUGCAGCCGGGAAUUUCAUGUCCCCUAUCUCUGGUCUCUCAGAAAAUGCAUUCAAGACUGUCAUUGAGAUCGAUACUCUAGGAACAUACAAUACGGUGAAGGCUACCAUACCUCAUGUCCGAGCGACUAAAGGGGCAUACGUCCAUGUUAGCGCAACCCUCCACUAUCGAGGUACUCCAUAUCAAGUACACGUUUCCGCUGCCAAAGCUGGAGUCGAUGCGAUUUCAAAUGUCGUUGCGGUAGAGGAAGGUCCUCAUGGUGUUCGUUCAAACGUUCUCGCCCCGGGUUUUACCUCUGGUACGGAGGGAAUGCGUGUGAUGUCCGGUAACAAAACAAACAAGACUGAAGGCCUUUCCAAUCCGCUCGGGCGCUUCACAGAAAUUCAUGAUGUUGCAAACGCUGCUGUUUUUUUAUUCAGCCCCGCAGCUUGUUACAUUACUGGCCAGGUUAUACCGGUCGACGGCGGCGCAGAACACCUGAGGGGCGACUUCUUCCCUUACCCUUCGUCCGUGAUUGACCCGUCUAGUGUUACAAAAUUACUCAAAGGAAAGAUGUGA